AUGUCAAUCGUAAAGAAAAUUCUACUUGAUAUUUUACUUUCAAAUGGCUGUGUCAUUGUUGUAGAAUGUGAAGAGGAUAUGACAUUAGAUAAGAUAAAACAAAAUAUAUUAUCAUGUAUUAAACGACAAGCACCAUUUAAUGAAUUAGUUCAUGAUCAUAAAAAUUAUUAUUUAGAAUCAGUUACAUUAAGUGCACAAAUUAUUCCAUUGUAUGAUGAACAAAUUAAACUUAACAAAUUAAAUCUAUUUUAUGGAUAUUUGAGUUUACGUGAACAUGAUGCUUUUCUUGAUGAAAAAGACGAUUUACCAUUGAUGAGUCUUCUACUCGGUUUUCCACUUGAUGAUUUUGCUAGUACAUUAGAACGUGAAGCAUGCGAAGCUCGAUCGUCAUUAAAUGGGAACAUAAUUUUUGGUCAGUAG